AUGCAGGGAUCCCUCAUCCCUGGGCUGCGCCUGUCCCGAGCAGCUUCAAGCGGCAACCGGGGAGUCCCGGCUGGGGACUGGACACCCCACUGUGAGGAUGCCAGGGCAAAGCAACCCAGUGCCCGCCAAGGUGGUGGACCCAGACGUCACCUCGGGAAAAACUCCACUGGCAGAAAACUCCAUCUGAAAGAGGAUUACUCCCUGGCCUCAUUUAUUAAGUUCCAGAAGAUAAACAAAGAAGCUCAACAGAUGGAAGUUGAUCUGGUGGAGGCGAGAGAGGACUUCAUGGAGAGGAUGGGAGUCAUAGCCCAACGGUGGAGGGACCUCCAUGCCAGGGAGGCUCAGCUGAAAGCCCACGUUGAAACAUCUGAGGAGACUUUGAAGGAAAGAGCUGGAAUGCGAAUUCACACUCUGAAGAAAGCCAGAAAAGAGAGAGAGAAGAAGAUGCAAAUGGAGAGGGAGCUUGUGAGAGCUGAGGAGACACUGGAAGCCCUGAAAAAUCAGCACCAUAAACUCAGCAAGAAAGUGCAGAAGUUCUCCAUCUUCAAGGACUACCUGGAGGAAGUGGUGAAGGUCUCAGAGUUUAAGGACAUCCAGGAACUCAUUGAGCACAACAAGACACUGAUGAGGAUGUGCAAGGACCAGCUGCGGUCACAAAAGGUGCACAAGGAAAUGUCUGAGCAAGCCCAGGUGCUCCUCGACCAGCACAUGGCAGAGAAAGAAGCUGAGAUCCAGCAGCACCAAAAUGAGCUGAAGCAGCUCCUGCUAUGUUUUGACCAGGCUCAAAGAGAUGUCCAGCAAUGGGUGAGGAAAUGGGGUGUGGGCAUGGGUAGAUCUCCAAGGCCUGGCUGUGUCAAGACCAGCCGAUGGCUCAUCCCUAAGCCAUGGCAUGAUGGCAAGACUGUCUUGGCCGACAUCCAGGACACAGCUACCAAGAAAGUCCUGGAGCUGGGGACCAUCAAGCUGACCAUCCUCAACCUCUUCCGGAGCCUGAGCGCAUAUCGGAAAGCGCACCUGAAGGUGUCACAGGAUGACAGCCUCAGACAGCUGGACAUGAUCCAGCACUUUAUCCAAGACUUUGCAGACCUUUGUCUGGAGGAGAAACAGAAGGACAGGAGGAACAGCCAGGAAGGCACCUGCGGAGCAACGAAGGGACACCCCAGCAGGACCUGCUCUGCCCGCAGAGGCUCAGCAGGGUGGGAAGAGACUGUCUUGGCCGACAUCCAGGACACAGCUACCAAGAAAGACCUGGAGCUGGGGACCAUCAAGCUGACCAUCCUCAAGCUCUUCCGGAGCCUGAGCGCGUAUCGGAAAGCGCACCUGAAGGUGUCACAGGACGACAGCCUCAGACAGCUGGACAUGAUCCAGCACUUUAUCCAGGACUUUGCAGACCUCUGUCUGGAGGAGAAACAGAAGGACAGGAGGAACAGCCAGGAAGGCACCUGCGGAGCAACGAGGGACACCCCAGCAGGACCUGCUCUGCCCGCAGAGGCUCAGCAGGGUGGGAAGUGA